AUAAAGGACGAACCUGAAGCCAGUUAAGCACCAGAAGAAAUCGGUGGCUGAAAGCAUGAAGGUUGGAGGCGGAGUGGUGUGCGGUGGUUCACGUGGCGCCGCUCUGCCCACUCUGUUUCUCGGAAAUGGCAGAGCGCGUCUUCGCUGCUGUGCUUCCUCUGCAACUCCCGACCAUAUGACUUUCAUAAAGGAUGUGGCCUCGGCUCAGCCUCCUGAGCAUUUGAGUCAGUUGAUGGGAAUGCUCAAGACUAGAGGUGAAUCCGUUUUGUCUCCUGGAGCCAAGCAGGGUUUAAUCCCGCUUGCCAUUCCACUGACAAAAAAAAGCUCAGGUGCUGUAACUGCAUUGCUGAGAUGGCCUACAGCUCCACCUGGCAUGGAGAUGCCAGUGGUAGAAGUCAGAAAGCAUGGGGUGUGGCUUUUAGCCAAGAAUGUGGACCAAUUUGUUCACAGACUCUUGGUUGAAGAAGAUGCCAACAACUCUCCAGAAAGCAAUGACGAGCUAUUUCAUGCUUCAGCUGAUGCUGGGGAGAAACUUUACAGAAAGGGUGACUAUGCCAAGUCUCAGAUCUCAAACCUAGAUGUCUACCUCUUAAGAAAGGUUGGUUUAUUUCCAGAUGUCUUAGAGCGCAAAGUGAUGCGUCAUUUUGAGGAAGGGGACCAUGUUUCAGCUUUGGUGACUGGAGAGUUUUAUACCAAGAAGGAGCAUUUUCCAGGAUUUGCUCGGCCAUUUGUGUUCAAUGCAGAGGUUUUGCUAAGGGUUGGUCGCAAGCCAGAAGCUAAAGAUGCUGCCCGGGGAGCUUUAAAAUCACCAUGGUGGACUUUGGGCUGUAAAUACCAGGAGGUUGCUGAAAUAGCAGAAUGGGAGGAUGAGCAGAUUGAGUACAUUAAGGAGAAGGUGACAGAAGAGGGAAAGCAAGAAGAUCUUAAGAAGGGAAAGGCACCUGCUCAGGUUGCAUUGGACGAAGCUGCCUUUUUGUUGGAUUUGUCCUCUGUUGAAGGGACUUGGGAUGAGUCUGUUGAGCGGAUUUCUGAAUGUUACAGAGAAGCUGGACUCCCUGAUGUUGCGAGAUUCAUACUAUACAGAGAUUGAGUAUGAACACAGAGGGACUUUGUGUCCAUCUGUUUCUUUUUAUAUCUUUUAAUCCUCUUUCUGUAAGCAAUCUAAUAUAAUAUACCCAUAUUUGGUUAAAAUUUUGGAUGUCAUUUUUGCUUCUAAA